UAGUCACUGGAAAUCUACCUGUAAAAAACAAGAAUUUCAAAUAUAUAUUUAGAGAUUUUGAAAUGGCAAUGGUGCUAACAUGCUCAUGAAUAUUCAUUUUGAGACAGUUGUAACAAACUUGCUACGCAGGGUUCUAUUUAUCGGCUUUAUACCAUAAGCAGGCACCAAUCCCAAAUAAUAAGCUAUUAAUAAAUUAAGGAACGACUCCCUGUGCGAGUUUGGCUACUUUUGGGCAGGCAUACCAAAGCUUAAAAGUCAUAACAAUUGGGCGUCUAAGGUGCAAUCUUUGCAGCAGAACAACAUAAACCCUGUUUAUGUUUAACCAACAACUGGCUAAAUGUAACUAUGUCCCCUUUUUUCAUUUCAGAAAGAGUUAAGAGUGCUGUUGUUGAAUCUUUUUGGAUACCUAUGGUACAAAUACAACCAAAGGCUUUUAAAUAUUAGACUUCUUUAUACGGUUGUAUACCUUGUGACACUGAGCUUAUCUGCAUAAAGAACCUGCAAGUGUCUGUCAUCUCGAUUGGAUGUAUAAGAUGACAAUGGAAACUGCUAUGCAUCAUGGUAGUUCGGUAGUGCAGAAAAAAGUGCAUCAAUUGUAAACUUCCUUCAAGGUGCAUUAUGGGUAUUCAGUAAUGCACUACAUUAUUUUACUACAGAUUUUUUCAUUGACAUUUCGGGCCAAACUACUUGGGGUGUCACACUAAAGGCUUAGUAAUGGUUCCACGUUGACGUAACGCAAUGACCACGCAGUCGCUUCAACGCAGUAGUGAACCUGUUUGGGUUCUGCGUCGGGUGUGCGUUAGCGGACCAAUCACAGCCCUUGCUGUGAUUGCAAGGUUACAAUUGUCACGCAAGGUUACCAUUUUUAGGCAGCAGGCGCUUACGGUGAACGCAGGGAGGGUCCGCAAGGACUUAAUUGGUCUGUAAACCCCCUUGCGUUGCGUCGACGUGGAACCAUAACUAAGCCUUAAGUAGUGCACUAUUUGCACCAGCGCACCAGUGCAGAAUUGAUAUUAUUUUUCCCGAAGUCAGAAAGUACAUCAAUUUGAGACACUUGAUUGGGUUGUGUUAGUUUUCUUAGGACACGGAAGUCUUCAUAGUAAGUCGGCCAUCAUUGGGUGGGUGUUUAGUCGUCUCUGAAGGACGCUUCAUUGAGUGGGACUCUAAUCAGAAGGGAUUUACUACAAGAAACGUGUUUAAUCAGAAAUCCUUGCUGAAUUAUGUUCUGGUUGGUUAAGAUUCUUGAGAAUCCGAACUGAAUCUAAAUUAAUUGGUUACUUUGUCUUUCUCAUCAGUCACUGAAGGCCUUCCGAAUAACAAGAGAGAGACAGACAUCACUUUAUAUGCCUCUACAAAUGUCCUGUGGUUGUUUAUUCAGUUAUAUUGGUAAGGAAGUCUGGAUAAAGAGAAAGAAUAGCCUUCUUGGCCGUAAGUCAGAAACAUACAAUAAUACAUGUUCUCCCUCGACAUCUGUUUUAGUGGAUCACACUAUUGAGAGUGAAAAAAGAGCCAUAUAUUCAUAGAUUUAAGCUACAGUAUAGUAUUAAAAGAUAUUGCUUUCUUUCAGUAGGACUGCUUGCUAUACAAUUGAUGUGUAUUUUUCUAGUAUCUCUUCUCUUAGGAAUAACAAUGAGAAAAAUUCAAAUUAAAUGGUAAUUUCCCAUGGCAUCAUCAACUAAAGCGCCAAUGUAUGAUAUUAUUUAGAAUAAAUAUAUUAAGGUUACUUACUACCUAUAUUUUGUCAUGUGACAUGUUAUUCAAGCUAUUCAGUUAUUGAAAUUUAAUGUCAGGCAUGUCACAUGGCGCAACCCAUUUGUUGUAUUCUUCCUGCAUAAGGCUUGACAGAGGGAUUUUAAUUCAAUGUGGCUAUAAUGCACGCCAGUCAGGAAAUUGCCGUUUUAUCACCUAUUUCCCAUGUAAUGGAUCAUGAAUGUGUUCUUUGUGUUUCCCUCUGUUUAGUUGAUUUUGUGUUGGCACGCGCUGUGGGUUUUUCCUUCCCUCUGUCACUCAGUUAGUCAUUACAUGUAUUUACUAAUUAGAUGGCAGUCUCCCGUUAACAACGAGAGAACGUCCUAUUUCGGUCAGAUCAUAGUGGGUCAUGGAGCAUCGGUUAAUCGGUUAAUGGUGGAAUCGGUCGUUUCAGCGAGUUGUUAGUUGUUAUUUAUAGGCGCCAGCUUUUUUUGGGACAGUGCCAGGUAGAUAAGUGUGCGUGAUCCUAUUACGGAACGUUACCGCUGAGCCCUCGGGCUACACGGGAUCAGAGAGCGCACCGCACACAAGUUUGCUUCUUUCAUCGUUCAUCGACCCGGACGUCUUGGAUGUAGUUUUCGGUUUGACACAGUAGAUGGCGGUGGCUUUCGACGCGGAUCUAGGCCAUAUCAAAGCCAUUUGGGAUAUUAUGAGACGCGAGUGAUGAACGCUGCAAGCGCCGUGUGUGUGUAGCGGGAGCCAACAGUGUGCAUCUGUUGGUGUGAGCGAGCGAGGGAGAACACGGAAGAGAGAGAGGAGAGAGAGAGUGUGUGUGUGUGUGUGUGAGAGAGAGAGACGGAGCAAGCCCUCUUCACACACACACAGAGCAUGCCUUUGCGUCCGGCAGUCGGCAACCAUGAGCCGCCCAGCCCGCCCCGGCAGCACCAGCACCCCACUCAGCAGCAGCAGCAGCGGGAGCGCCACGCACACUCGCUACACACGCAGCAGCGCGCGCACGCUCCCGCUCAGCCGGCUCCCGACACACAGGCAGCGUGCACAGCCAGCCGCAGGGGCAGGUCCGGCACCCGGGGAACGGACGGCAGCGGCGGCAGGAGCAGCAGCAGCGGUGGCGGCGGUGUUGGAGGCGGCGGUAGUCCCGUUCCCCACGGCGUUCCGGCGUUGCGUCCCGGUGCAGAAGAGCGGAGGAACCCGAGCGCGCUAGGAGGACCCAUGGAGGAACCCACCGGGAACACUGUCGUCAUCCGCAUAGGAAUCCCUGACCUGCAACAGACGAAAUGCAUGAAGUUCAACGUGGACGCCCCCAUAUGGCUGUCUAAGCAGCAGAUCCUGUGCACCCUCAACCAAAGCCUGAAGGAUGUGCUCAACUACGGCCUCUUCCAGCCCGCGUACAACGGCAAGGCGGGCAAGUUCCUGGACGAGGAGCGGCCUCUGCGGGAGUACCCCUUCCCCUCCAUCGCCCCGGUGCCAUACCUGGAGUUCCGUUACAAGAGGCGUGUCUACACUCAGACUUACCUGGAUGACAAGCAGCUUUCUAAACUGCAUACCAAGUCACGUAGCAGUGAUCAGCAGAAGGGGUUGCCUUUCAGGGAGACCCCCACCUUCGCCACCCGCCGGCGGGCCAUCGUGGGGCCCCUCCCCUCGCCGCGCUCCCUGCUGCGCUCCGCCAGCGACAACAACCUGAACGGUGACCACGGCGACCACGGCCUGGGCCACGCCCCGCGGGAGGUCCGCGGCCGGCACGGGCCCUCCCCCGGCCCCUCCCUGAGGAGCCUGCCCGCCCUGGGGCAGAAGCACUGCAGCCUGGGGGAGAGCCGGCACGGGGAGGUCCCGGAGAGCAGCAUCCAGAGCACGGGCUCCUCCUGGUCGUCCCACUCGCGCUCGCCCUCCCUGCACCACGCCCAGGACGAGGACCGCCCCGUCCCCCGGAGGUCCCACAGCCACGGACACCCCCAGGGCCACAGCCCCCGAGGCCGCCUCAGCCCUGGGACGGUCCAGCGGGACCCCAGCCCCCCCCACCACACGCCUCCGCCGGCUCUCAGCGGCCCUCGGGGGCCCAAGAGGAAGCUCUACAGCGCCGUCCCGGGACGCACCUUCAUCGUGGUCAAGCCGUACUCGCCGCAGGGGGAGGGGGAGAUCCAGCUGAAUCGUGGCGAGAGAGUCAAAGUGCUGAGUAUCGGAGAAGGAGGCUUCUGGGAGGGGACGGUGAAGGGACGCACCGGCUGGUUCCCUGCAGACUGCGUGGAGGAGGUUCAGAUGAGACCGUAUGACCCCCGGCUAGAGACGCGAGAGGACCGUACCAAGAGGCUGUUCAGACACUACACUGUGGGAUCCUACGACAACUUCACCUCAUACAGCGACUACAUCAUCGAGGAGAAGAAUGCAGUCUUACAGAAGAAGGAGCAUGAAGGCUUCGGUUUCGUGCUGCGGGGGGCCAAAGCGGAGACGCCCAUCGAGGAGUUCACGCCCACGCCGGCGUUCCCGGCGCUGCAGUACCUGGAGUCGGUGGAUGUGGAGGGCGUGGCCUGGAGGGCGGGGCUUAGGACAGGAGACUUCCUCAUAGAGGUGAAUGGGAUGAACGUGGUGAAGGUGGGCCACAAGCAGGUGGUGUCUCUGAUCCGCCAGGGGGGGAGCGGGCUGCUCAUGAAGGUGGUCUCGGUGACGCGCAAACCAGAGUCUGAGGAGGUGGUCCGGAAGAAAGCGCCACCCCCGCCCAAGAGGGCCCCCAGCACCACGCUGACGCUGCGGUCCAAGUCCAUGACGGCGGAGCUGGAGGAGCUGGAGCGGCUGGACGAGAUGCUGGCCACGCAGGAGCCCACCAUGCGGCCCCCCGGCCCCGAGGGGGACUACCGGGCGGCCACGGUGAAGCAGAGGCCGACCAGCCGGAGGAUCACCCCGGCGGAGAUCAGCUCGCUGUUCGAGAGGCAGGGGAUGCUCCUCCAUGGGGGCCUGCACCCUGGGAUCGAGAGAGGUCACAUGCCGGUGCCAAAGGGUAUGUCGAGGACCAAGUCGUUUGGUGCGACUGAGGAGGACCGCCUGUCGGCGUUGGUGGCCGAGCACCGCUUCCCCCGGAGCUCCUCCAUGACCGACAGCCUCCGGGAGCAGUACCCCCCCCACGCCAUCCCUCCCCCUCCUCAGGGUGCUCCCCCUCCCCCCCCCGCCCUCUACUACCAGGACACCUGCCCUCCCCCCGGCUUCUGCCCCCCUCCCCCCCCCUCCCGGACCCAGAGCCAGGGCCACGACCCCGGGGGCCGCUCCAGCUUCAAGCCGUCCUCCCUGGACCUGCCCUACGAGGCCCAGCGCCAGGCCUCGCACCUGGAGCGCCAGAAGAAGGCCCGCUCCAUGAUCAUCCUGCAGGACUCCUCCCACCUCCCGGUGGAGGCCACCGACAUCCCCCGCCCCGCGGCCACCACACCCCCCGAGCGGAUCAAGAGGAAGGGCCGGGUGAUUGACAACCCCUAUGCUAACGUGGGGCAGUUCAGCAUCGGGAUGUACACGCCCACUAAGCCGCAGCGGAAGAAGAGCCCCCUGGUGAAGCAGCUGCAGGUGGAGGACGCCCAAGAGAGAGCGAGUUUGGCGCUGGCGAGCGCCCAUUCGCGAGACACCUCACCCUCAGGACGGCUGGCCAACGCCCACGGGCACACGCACACCAGCCGCGCAGAGUACUACCAGCAGCAGCUGGCGGCGGAGCGGGAGCGACUGCGCCUCCAGGGAGAGGCCCUGCUGCAGGGCAAGGGCCCCUUUGCUGCCGCCAUCGCCGGAGCCGUCAAGGACCGCGAGCGGCGGCUGGAGGAGCGGAAGAAGUCCCCCGUCUUCCUGUCGGUGGGGACGCUGGAGGGCCUGUCCGCCGGCGGCCCCGAGGCCCACUCGUUGACGCCGUCCCGCUCCGUCGACGAGCGCAUGCUGAGCCGGGAGCUGGGCCAGCUGCCCCCGCCGGCGCUGGCCCUGAGCCCCUCCCCCAGCGGCACCACCUUCAUCCACCCGCUGACGGGGAAGCCGCUGGACCCCAACUCCCCGCUGGCUCUUGCGCUGGCCGCAAGGGAAAGAGCCCUGACCUCUCAGAGCCAGUCCCAGUCCAGCAGCCCCGAGCCCAGGACUAAACAGGAGCGAGCGGGCCCGGGCGGGAUAUUCAUGGACAUCCAGACCAAAGAGUGUCAGCUGGGAGGGGGGGACCAGGCAUCGCCCCCGUUCUCCUCCCAGAGCUCCAAGGUAGGGGGCUAUGGAUCCUCGUUAGGGGCUAUGUUAGCCCCUCAGUCCACCAAACCGCCGUGGUCUUCGUCCUCCUCUCCGGUGUCGCUCAGACAAGACCUGGAGGGACGAGGGGAGGAGGUCAAGGAGGAGAAGAAGACCAUGUUGAUCAGCAUCCUGGACACGUCCCAGCAGAAGACCGCCGGGCUCGUCAUGGUGCACGCCACGAGUAAUGGUCAAUCUUUGGGGGCGGGUUCAGAACCUGAGGCCACGCAGUCCCCAACAGCCACUGAACAAAGCAAACCUCCAAGCCCCCGGGAGAAAUCCCCCAGUCCCACAGCCCCACAAAUACAACCCCAAAUGCAGGCCAAGUCCCCGGUCCUCCAUUCUGCGAGCCCGGUCCAACAGAUGGCCCUCGCUCAGGGCAGCUCUGAGGAGGACGUGGAUCCCUACACCGUGACCCUGCCUGCCGCCAUGUUGUCAUCGAGUGACGAAGAAACCCGCGAGGAGCUGCGUAAGAUCGGUGUGGUGCCGCCGCCGGAUGAGUUUUCAAACGGGCUGCAGGCGAAGGCUCAGGGGACCCCUUCGUCCCAGACCAGCCCUGCCUCCUCCCCCACCACCCCUUCAACCACACUGACACCCCAAACCCCUUCCACCCCCACCACCCCCACGCUGACCCCCACUCAGCCUCAGACCCCCCUCCCCCUGCCGUCGCCCAGCACAGCGUCCGUCUCAGGGAAGCCCUCUGAACCUCUGGAGCCCCCGCCUGUGGGGGAGGCCGGCUCUGCCGCCGACUCCGGCGUGGAGGAGGCCGACACGCGCAGCUCCAGCGAGCGGGAGCGAGACCACCACCUCGAGACCACCAGCACCGUCUCCACCGUGUCGAGCAUGUCCACGCUCUCGUCGGAGAGCGGCGAGCCGGCCGACACCCAGACCACGCACACCUCCUCCUACGACGGGCAGACCUUCAUGCCCGACAAGCCACCAGUGCCUCCCAAGCCACGACUCAAGUCCCACAUAGGAGGCGGGAAGGGCCCGGUGACUUUCAGGGACCCCCUGCUGAAGCAGAGCUCCGACAGCGAGCUGCUGUCCCAGCAGCAGGUGGCGGCAUUGGCGGCGGCCGCGGCCGGAGGGGCGUCGUUGACCGCCGGUGGCUCGGCGUCGGUGUCCGGGCUGGCUCCGACGAGGCCGCGAUACCUCUUCCAGCGGCGGUCCAAGCUGUGGGGGGACCCGGUGGAGCCCCGUGGGCCUGGGAUCGGGCUAGGUGUUGGGAGUUUGGGAAAUCUAGGUGGGCUGGGGCUAGGGUUGGGACCAGAUGAAGUCGGGAAACCAUCCGUCAUGGGAGAGCUGAGUUCAAGGCUCCAGCAACUCAACAAAGACACCAGGUCGCUAGGAGAGGAACCACUGGGGGCGUCUCUGGACCCCGGCAGGAAGUCUCCAGUGACCGGAGCCCGACUCUUCAGCAGUCUAGGGGAGCUCCAUACCAUCUCCCAGAGAAGCUACGCCACCGCCUACGCCAUCCGGCCCGGCGCCCGCUACCCCGCCACCCGCCGCACCCUGAGCCCGGGCUCCCCGGACAGGGGCGACCCCCACGGGCGCCUCCCCGGCUUCGGCCUGCCCACCUCGCCGACCACGCCCCCCCACACCAUCCUGAAGACCUCCAGCCUCAGCCUGCCGCACGAGCCCAAGGAGGUCCGCUUCGUGAUGAGGAGCUCCAGCGCCCGCUCCCGCUCGCCGUCCCCGUCGCCGAGCCACUCCCCCGGGCUGGGCUCCCCGCUGCUGGCCCUGCGGCCCUUCCACCAGAAGCCCCUGCACCUGUGGAACAAGUACGACGUGGGCGACUGGCUGGAGAGCAUCAACCUGGGGGAGCACCGGGCGGGGUUCCAGGAGCACGAGAUCGAGGGCUCCCACCUGCCGGCGCUCACCAAAGAUGACUUUGCGGAGCUGGGGGUGACCCGCGUCGGACACCGCAUGAACAUCGAGCGGGCGCUGAAGCAUCUGCUGGAGAGCUGACCCCUGCCCUGAGGCCGAGGAACGUGGGGGGGGGGGAGACAGGUAGAGACAAACCAAGGAGAGGCCCAGAAAGAUGCACCAGGAUGGAGGAAAGAGCCCCCUUCUUUUACUCUUCGCUCCGUUUUGACACCUUCUCAUUGAGUUACUCAUUCAUUGAGACCCUGCACUGAA